AUGACAGAGACGGAGGGGAGCUCCCCGAACGGUGACGUGGAAGCGGUUGGGAAGUCUCCCCCGAAGGGCAACUCGAAGAAGUGUAAGUGCACCUAUAAGAGGAGAGAACUGGAGGGGGGUGCAGAAGCAGAAGGGGGAGACGAACAAGAUAGGAGUUUAAAGAAAAUGAAUUCUAGUAGAGACAUGUCAGAGGAGACAAAGCCACCUGACCUGUUCAUAAAUUAUUACUACGAAUGGGAAGACAUCCCAACGGUUAGCAGAUUGCCUUAUGGUUUAAUUGGAAAGGAAAAGGACGCUCUUUGGAAAAGCUCCGUGCGAAGUGGGGGUAUCCCUUUGGGAGGGAACCUUUCGGAUGACCCAACCCAGGGGGAGGAAGUUAAUGUGAAGUGCGAGGCUUUGGGGAUAACAGACGAGGUGAAAUUGGCUGGCGGUGCGCAGGGUGGUCAGCCCGCCGAGGGGGGGGGCGACUUCGUGGCGAGCCUCAUAUAUGAAGACAUAGUGGAGCACAUUCAAAAAAUUAGGAAGCGGGGGUCCAAGCUGCGGUGCGCCAGUGGGCAUAUCGCGGCGGGGGCGGCGAACGAGACGGAUGCAGCGGAUGCGGCAAACGUGGCAAACGCGGCAAACGCUGCGGAAACGCUCCGGGGCGAUUACACCAAGGGGAGCGCCCACCACUGCACAGACCAGCAGGAGGGAGAAGCCAACUGGGUUGACGACUUCGUCGCGCUGACGAAUAUUCAAAUUUUGGCGAAGAACACCCAGGUGUUCGCUGCCUGGGAAAAGCUGGAGGUUGUCCUCCCAUACGUGACGACCCAGUGUGGGAGCCCCCGAUCGUGUUUGUGCAAAAAAAGUUUUUUAACAAUGAAGCACCUGUGUAUGAGCAUUAAGGGAGACAAGCUAAAUGUGUGCAAGUAUUUCGUGAAGUGUUUCCCCCACGUGGUGCGAAAAAUGGAUUCUAAAAACCGCUUCUUAGACGAGUGUGCCUCUCAACUGAUCAAUCUGUUUAUGAAGCAAAGCAGUGGAGUGAAUGACUAUCAGAUGCUGAGGGUGAUGUGCUCCUUCUCGGGCAAUAAGAAUUCGUCCAUUAUAAAGAAGCUAUCCUUUUUUGUUUUUUUAUUUUUAAAAAAUUUGCCUACAAGUGAGUUGGUCAGUCUACCCGUCCGAGACUUCGCACAGUGCUUCCUCCAUUUUAUUAACGCAAAACUGGAGGAGACCAAAAGGUAUAUGAAGCAGACCUUUAGCCUUCUCCUUACAGUGCAUAGUGAAGACGAUUUGGUUUCUUUCCUUUUGGAGGGGGCCCCGAAAAAGGGAAGCGUGUCAUCCCUGGAAAGGGAGAUACGGGCCUUCCUGCGGAGUAGAAGCUGCGGGGACGUUUGCGAGCCGCUCAAGAAGAAGUACGCCACGUUUCACCAGUUUAGGAGUUCCAAGUCGGUCGGCAGGGCGCACAAGACAUCGUCGUUUGUUCUGUAG